UGCAGCUGCUUGUACAUACGCGACGCGAUCAAAACCAACAUACGUAUAUACGUAAAUACAUAUAAAGAGAAUGAAUGGGAAAAACGAGCAGAGAUCGCGUCGGAAAUGCUGGCAAAGUGACACGGGUAUUCGCAUAACGGUCUUGAUGCUUGGUAUCAGUGUCGGUAUUAUACUAUUUGCCUACACUGCAUUUGCAUUCACCAACAGCACAGAUCACGAUCAAACCACCAUUCAACAAGUGAUAUUCGUUUUUCGACACGGAGAUCGGACGCCUACGACAACUUACCCAAACGACCCGUAUCGGUAUUACAAAUGGCAAAACGGCUGGGGAGCUUUGACCAAGGAGGGCAUGCUACAAAUGUACCACAUCGGCCAAUGGAUUCGUCAUAAAUAUGGUUCGAUAAUUGGCACCAAGUACGAAAACGACCUGUCGUUCACGCAAAGUAGUUACGCGGAUCGGUGUAUAAUGUCUGCGCAAGCUUUGCUCGCUGCUUUGUAUCGACCAACCGCCGAGGAAAUCUUUGUGCCAGAUUUGCCUUGGCGGCCUGUUCCAGUUCAUUCCACGCCUAGAAAUUUCGAUAAGACGAUCGUAGUCAAGGCCCCCUGCCCACGACUAGAGCAAGCUCUAAAAGAAGCGUACGCGAACGAAUCCGUGCGUCUUGGAACCCCGUCGGGGAGAUAUUAUCAACAACUUUCCCAUCAUACUGGAGAAAAUAUCACAACGAUCACAGAUGUUGAAUUUCUGUACAAUACUUUGGAAAUUGAACAACGCAAGGGUUUCAAGUUACCCGAAUGGACAAAUGAAUAUUAUAAUUCACAAAUGCGUGAAAUCGCGGCCCGAAGUUUGGCCAUAUUUACUAGCAAUACGUUACAGCAGCGACUUCGCGGAGGGCCGUUACUCAAAGAAAUCUUGGGACGUAUGCAUGCUUUUAAAACUGGUCAAGAUAUGAGACGAGCAUACUUUUAUUCCGCCCAUGAUCUAACUCUUGUUAAUUUAUUGAGAACUAUGGGUUUCACAAAUGAAUAUUUUAAACCUGAAUAUGGCGCGACACUUGUUUUCGAACUGCAUAUUGCACCAAAUCCUAUGGAAGAUACAGAAGUAAAGGUAUCAUUUAGCGAUGUGGAAACCAAUCAUUUACCUUUCAACAUACUAUUAAUCUUCCUUCUUCCUAAUUUCCUUCCAUUCUCCUCCUCCCCCUUUCUCUGCGCUUUCUUCUUUUUCUUUCUUUCUUUCCAGUUAAUGUAUUUGAAUGAUACAGGAGCAAUAAAUGUUGCACCGUAUCGCAUGAAGAUACCAAACUGUAACGCGCCUUGUCUACUUGAGACUUUGAUCAAGCUAUGGAAAAACGUACUUCCCGAUAACUGGGACGUCGAAUGUCUACAUAAAGCUAAACGCGUGCGUAACUCUUGGUACACAGGCGACAUUCAUAUCUCUACUUACAGAUACACGAAUCACUUGGCGCAACAGGAUCAUCGCUUACCUUUGUACAAGGGCAAAACUUCGAAAAUGAUGACACUAUGUAAUGACACAUUUAAUCAGAUCAAGCCACUUAUCAGGCACGAAAUGUUCAGUUGGUUAAACCGGGUGGAAAGUGGUAAACCAGAGCUCUUCGAAAGUGUUGCCGAUGGCCUUAAGAAAAUAUACAAAUCUAAACUACUGCCUCUCGAGCAGUAUUAUCAAUUUCAUGAUUUUCAUUCACCUCAACUCGACGAUCCAGAUUUUGAUGCUAAACCUAUGAUUCUUUUGGUGGGUCAAUAUUCUACCGGCAAAACUACUUUCAUCAAGUAUUUGCUAGAACGAGACUUUCCUGGUAUAAGAAUCGGUCCUGAACCAACGACAGACCGCUUCAUUGCUGUUAUGUACGAUGAGAAAGAGGGUGUAAUCCCUGGAAAUGCUUUAGUCGUCGACCCAAAUAAGCAAUUUCGUCCACUUUCAAAAUUUGGCAACGCCUUCCUAAACAGAUUUCAAUGCUCUACACUUGCGUCUCCUGUUCUCAAAGGAAUAUCCAUAGUGGAUACACCUGGCAUUUUGUCAGGUGAGAAACAAAGGGUCGAUAGAGGCUAUGAUUUUACAGGAGUUAUGGAAUGGUUCGCCGAACGAGUAGACAGAAUCAUACUAUUGUUCGACGCGCAUAAGCUCGACAUUUCCGAUGAAUUCAGAAGAUUGAUCGAAGCACUACGUGGUCAUGAUGAUAAAAUUAGAAUAGUUCUGAAUAAAGCUGAUAUGAUUGAUCAUCAACAACUGAUGCGAGUAUACGGAGCACUGAUGUGGUCCUUAGGAAAAGUUUUACAAACUCCCGAAGUAGCUAGAGUAUAUAUCGGGUCGUUUUGGGACCAACCUUUAAGAUACAUUGUAAAUAAAAGAUUGUUUGAAGAUGAGGAACAAGACUUGUUUAAAGAUAUGCAAUCAUUGCCGAGAAACGCGGCUCUCAGAAAGCUGAAUGACUUGAUUAAACGUGCACGAUUAGCAACGGUACACGCUUACAUAAUCAGUGCUUUAAGAAAGGAUAUGCCUGCAGUAUUCGGUAAAGACUUUAAGAAGAAAGAACUUAUCAAAAAUUUGGGCCAAAUUUACGAUGAAAUACAAAGGGAACAACACAUUUCACCGGGCGACUUUCCAGACCUAAAAAAGAUGCAGGAAUCCUUAGUACACUAUGAUUUUUAUAAAUUCCACACUUUAAAACCCAAACUGUUGGAGGUAGUGGAUAAUAUGCUUGUUAAAGAUAUCGCAAAACUUAUGGCUAUGAUACCGCACGAAGAAGUAAAUACAACGUUAGACUCGCUCGUCAAAGGUGGUGCAUUCGAAGGCGUACAGGAUCAAGUGAGCCCAUUCGGAUAUAAACGAGGGGAAGGUAUCGAUGCUGGUGCAGGUGAGAAAGAAUGGAUUGUUAGUAGGGAGAGGUACAAAUACGAUCCGAUUUUCGAGACACUCUGUCCGUGUGAUGGAAAAAUCUCGGGAGCAGCGGCUAAAUCGGAAAUGUUAAAGUCUAAAUUACCGAACAAUGUACUUGGGAAAAUUUGGAAAUUGUCUGAUAUCGACGGGGAUGGAUUUCUGGAUUCCGAUGAAUUUGCCUUAGCGAUGCAUUUAAUUAACGUAAAACUCGAAGGUUAUGACCUGCCUGCAGAAUUACCGGAUCACUUGGUACCGCCACCGAAGCGGGAUCUAUAAUUUAGUUUUAAUCCAAUCUCUCGUGUCUAUUUCUCGGUACGUUUGGUACACAUUUGGUGCGCACAUUAUACGAUUAUAUUUAUUAAUUCAUUAACAAUGCAAUCCGAACACAUGUAUGAAUGUAGUAGUUAUAUGUGUGAAAUGUUCGAAAGAGUACACGAUAUUAAUGAAUUCUAUAAAUUACUUUGCAUAAAUUACUUUAUACUGCGCAUUCAGAUAUGUACGAUUUUUCACUACGUAAAACACAGUAAUUAGUGACUAAAAAAGAGACAUAGAAAAGGAAU